AUGACUGACCAGAAUUUAACGGAUUUACUAUCCAAAAAAACAUAUGCUGAAUUCAAUGGAGAAGGGAAUACAUACAGCGUAUCAUGCUCUUGGCUCGAAAAUACAAGGACCGCAUUGGAAAGUGCACUUGAUGAAUGCGGAAAAGUCAAAGGAUAUGUAGAUCAAAUAGUAAAAGCAUGGUGCAUUUUGCAGAAUUCGGGAGGGACAUAUGCAUCUGUUAAUCGAAAUUGCUACCUUUUCUACUAUUGGUUAGGGGACAUAUUAAUUAACAAAUUAAGUGACGUUGGUGAUUCAUUCUUAAACAUUAUGAAAAAGAUCUACGAAGAAUUUAAAAGUAUUCCUGACGGAGGAAUUGCUGGCUCAGAAAAUGGUUGUGCAAUUAUAUACAAAGAUAACAUUGACAAAACUACUUUCAGUGCAAUGAAAGCAGUAUAUGAGUACCAUUAUGACCAUACGAAAAUAAAACAACAACUACAGAAAACUAAUAAAGAGUGCACUGCUGCGUAUCAACAACACCUUGAAAAAAUUAAGUCCGCUUACAACUCAUUAAAUAAAAAAUGUCCCAGCAGUAAUAAUGCUAAACACUGCAGCGAAUAUAGAAGAACAUAUAAAGGACCUAUUGAAAAGAACCUAUCAGAAUUAAUAUGUACACUAGAAUCUAAACCAGGAAGAGUAGAAGUUCGGAGCAGCCAAGAUUCUUUUCAGGGACAGGAACAAGUUCGUCAGGAAUUUCCUUUUGCAUCUGAAAUGGACAGCAACACCCCCGCUAUUGUUUCCUCUGUACUCGGCGUACUGGGACUUCCUACCACCGCAUUUCUUUUAUAUAAGAUUACACAGACAAUUAUACCAUGUAUAAUGGUGGUAGAUCACCACAACAACGACCACGUGGUGGAAGAAGAAGGAAGAAUGAUCUCCCUCAACAGAAACAAGGAAAGAAUGUGGCUUAUCACCCUACAUAAUGCCUCUACAGAGGAAAAGAAAUAA